AUCAUUCAGAAUGUGUGGGUUCGCAUUGUCAGAACUCAGACUUAUCAAUCAUUGUUGUGUUAUUGUAUAAUCGUAGAAAUAACAUUUUUAGACAUUUUUCUAUUUUUGUAAAGUUAUUUUUGGACAUUUUAAUCGUUCGAAGGGAUUACUUGUUGCUAAUUGUGGUCUGGGUAAAUCCCGAGUGUAUUUUUUGGACUUUUUGUGCAACUACUAAAUGUAUGCAGCAGAUUCAACUCGUCGUCUCUCAGACUCGAGCAAUUCAAGGGAACGAUACGAUUAAAGAUUCAUUUACCCAUGUGCAACCAGAUUCACCUUUACCUUGCCAGCGAAACAAUGACGAAGAAUCAAGUGACACUUUUUUCCGUGGUGUAUGUAUGAGUAAGGUUUUUUGUGAUAUAUGUUAUGGUGUGCAGUAAUCAAUCAUGCCAUUUAAAUCGACAAGAUGAUGAUGGGAUAGAACUGGAACUGAUGAGCAGAUAAAUAUCAGUCGUGAUCCGGAUGGAUUUCGUCUCAGUUUUGGAGACGAUUUACACCUGGAAUUAUCCGGUGGUGGAAAACGUUAUUACUUUAAAAGACGUUUUUCAACGUAAAAAAUAAAAGAAGUCGUAGUGCGUCAGUGCUGACAGGAUGGUCGUAUCGGUCGUUCUUGUUGUGUCCUUGGUGGCGUUUCUUUUCACAAAUAAAGGAGAGGGGGCACAUCAUCCGCAUAAAAAUUUUGGGGACGAGUAUACGUACGAUGUAAAGGACAUGGAACGAGGGCCCCUUGCUUGGGGUGGAGAAUGCACCAGUGGCUUGCAUCAAUCUCCGAUCGACAUCCGGUACAAGGAUCACGGUGUUAGCUGGGGGUACACAAAGGUUUGGUUCAGCUCGCAGUACCAACAGAGUCAGAAGGGAUUCUUCUUUACGAAUCGGGGUCACACUUUUCAAGUCCAACUGAAUGGAAACAUCAGAGAGCCCACUUCUUCCUUAGGCUUAUCAGGGGCUGGACUUCAUCAUCGCUACACAUUUUCUCAGAUGCACUUCCACUGGGGAGAUAGGGACGAGGUUGGGUCGGAGCAUACCUUGCAGGGUCAAAGAUAUCCAAUGGAAAUCCAUUUAGUUCAUUACAAAACAAAAUAUUCCAACUUGAGUCACGCCCUCCAAGAGAAUUCUGAGGAUCACGAUGCCGUGUUGGUUUUAGGUAUUUUGUGUGAGUUGGGGUUGGAAAACCCAUCCCUGCAUCCCAUCGUGGACGCUGCGAGGCUGAAAGUGGUUCAGAAUCCAGGAAAUAAAUUAAUGUUCAGCUACCAAUCGUUAAAUUUACAUAAAUUAUUUCCCAAACAUUUGGAUUUUGUGCGAUAUAUGGGAUCCUUGACGACGCCGCCGUGCACGGAGAAGGUCGCAUGGACCGUGUUCCUAUGUCCCAUUUCGAUAUCGAGUGAACAGUUGGAAGUAUUUCGCCGCCUGCACGACGCGGAUGAAGAGGAAUAUUAUAACUACAGACCUCUCCAAAAACGGAAUGGGAGGACAUUAAAGUACUUCAAAGUUCCCGACUCUUCAGAAACCGAUGGAUCAGAGACAGGAAGUAGUCCUGGCGCUGGUGGUAAUGGGGGAGGAACGCAAGCCAUCUCACUAAUUAAGACAACUAUUACGAACACGUUGCAAGAAGUCAAUUCCUUAUUUUCCAAUAUAAUCAACGUUCUAUCAGACGCCCAACUGUGUGAACCUGAAGAACAAUACAUGUUAGAAUUAUUGAGGAGCAAAAAUAUUACAAAGUUGAGUCAACUACAAGAAUUUAAAAAGAUUGGGGAAGGAAUAACCAAAGUUAAGGAAGCUAAAAAGACGAAACCCAUAAAAUAAAAUGAACUAAAUGUGUAAAAACCUAGCCAAUUAACUUUCCAUCGAGAACUGAUCUCCCAAUAAAAAAUAAAACCCACAACUAAAUUACAUA